AAUGAAAGACUCCAUAAAGAAUUUGACCCUCUCUUUUAAGGGUUUUGUUUCGUCAAUUACAGUAAUUCAAGAAGCAAACAGAAAAGCCGGUCAUCAUCUCCAUUGAGUUGAAGCUUCUGCCAUGUCCGGAAAUACAAAGUGCACUGUUUACAUUGGUAAUUUGGAUGAGAAAGUUACAGAUAGGGUUCUGUAUGACAUUCUUAUCCAAGCAGGCCGAGUGGUUCAUUUACACAUUCCGCGUGACAGGGAAACAGAUAAGCCCAAGGGUUUUGCCUUUGCGGAGUAUGAAACUGAAGAGAUUGCAAAUUAUGCUGUCAGGCUUUUUUCUGGUCUCGUGACUUUGUACAAUAGGACAUUAAAAUUUGGGAUUUCUGGGCAAGAUAAGGCAUCUGCUAACGUGUCGUCUCCAGCAAUGCAUCCAUCAAAUUCACCUCAUAGGUCUAGGUUUCAUCCUGUGCCUUUUAACAAUGUGGAAGAUUCUCAUCAUUCCACUAGAUUGUCUUUGUCCAGUAGGUAUGCCACACACCCAGGGGAUUAUGAGCCAGAUUUGCUCCCCCCUGGCGUAGGACAAGAUUCUAGUACGUUUAGAUCUCGUAAUGAUGGCUACACUUAUGAUUAUUCACGAAGAGUAUUUGGGGCAACUAUGGAUAGUAUUGGUCGCUCAAGGUCAGGGCGCUAUUAAACAAGUAAUAUUAAUGCAUACGCCUCUUGUUAACUUCUCCGAGCAUGGUCUGAUUGCAUUUCUGAAUUGUAUAUUUAGAUUGCCUAGUCUACCUUCUAAUUAUAGUGCAGGAUUGAACUCUUAGAAAAUAUUGUAUUGCCAUCUUGAUGGUUUCUCAUAGCAGUAAAUGUGCUUGUUGUGUUAUCUUAUGUUGCUUUGUGAUGUUUCAUAUUUUGUGAUUGGUAUAUGCUGCGAUUAGCUAACUCUAAAUUUUCAAAUAGCAUGUUGUUCUCUAAUAUUACAAAUGUUUCUAUCUUUAAGUGCA